AUGUUUGCUGCCAAGAAAUCCGUGAACAUGACGAGCAAGACGGCAAACCUGCGCGGCAUGGCGCUUGAAAUGUACGAAGACGACUCCGAGACGGUUCUCUACGACCCUUCCUUCCUGGAGUCUUUUCACAAGGAGUGCAAGGGGAGCAGCGAGGUUCAGGUCAUGUACGAAGUUGAGACUGCGAGCAUGAAGAACUUCGACACGGUCGAUGAAGCUGUGUCCGCUCUCUUCCUCGAGAGCGAUCAGCUUGCGCUGGAGAGCGGAUCUCAGAAUGGCUUCGCGAUCUCGGACCCUAGCGACGUCGACUUCGAGCCGACACAGCAGGGGAGCAAGGGAGACGAGUCGGACUUGCUGCAGCUUGACGAUACGAUGGAGAACCUGAUGGACAAUGACAUGCUGAACAACGUGUUCAGCGAUGUAGACUGCAAGGCCUACACGGUGGUCAAGCAGGAGGUCAAGGAGGAGACAAGGAAGGAGCAGGAGGAGGUCGUAGUCAAGUCAGAACCUGUUCCUACCUUCGAGGCAGAGCGAGUUGCAUCCUUGAGUGACCUGCGACCGGAGCUGAAGACGACGAUCCGCGGAGUCAGGUGCAGGACCGGGCACUGGACGUUAGAGGAGCAUAGUCGUUUCCUGGUAGGGCUGGAGAGGUUCGGACCCAAGUCCACCACGCACAACACAUGCAUCCGACUCGGUCCGGGGGUAGCGGAGGUGAUCGCUGUGGUGGUGGGGACGAGAACAGCCUCUCAGGUCCGCUCGCAUGCUCAGAAAUUCUUCAUAAGGCAGAGGAGGAGCCUUCUGCAGCAGGAGGAUAGCUAG